AUGGCAUCAAAACCCAUUGAUGGAAACCCCUGCCAUGGGUCUCUGCAGAGACAAGCUUGUGAUGGAGACCCUGAAAUUGCUGCAGAAUUGAGAGAGGCCCAGAAACACACAGUGGAGGUGAUUCUGGAACCAGACACAGCUCACCAUCAGCUCUGCAUUUCUGAUCUGAAACCUGUAACCCAUAGAAAUGCUCCCCAGAAGGUGUCCUACUUGGAGAAGAGAUUUCCAAGGAAGUGUGUGGUGGCUUCUGAGGGUUUCCAAGAAGGGAAACAUUACUGGGAGGCAGACGUGGGACACAAUAGCUGGAGUGUGGGAAUGUGCUGGGACAACAUGGCCAGGAGGGCAGAGAAUGUGACUUUGUCUCCCAACAAUGGGUACUGGGUCCUAAGACUGUGGAGCAAACACCAGUGUUUCACACUGAAUCCCCAUAGAAUCAGCCUUUCUUCAAGAAGCCCCCCAACAUGAGUGGGGGUCUUCAUGGAUUACAAAGGUAGGCCCAUGUCCUUCGUCAAUAUAAAUGACCAGUCCCUCAUUUGUACCCCGAUACAUCACUUUGAAGGCUUAUUGAGGCCCCACUUUUGGUGUAAAAAGUAUAAGGAAUUUCAAUCCAUUCCUAACGGUCCACAGCCGUCCAAGGUCUUACGUUUAACUUUGAAACAUCCUAAACUAACUAUGGGUCGAAGAGCAGCAGGACAGCCAGAACCAGUGAGACGAGCCGCCAGACCUCCUAGAGCAGAACCGGAACUGUAUCGGAGGGCCUCGUGA